UUCACGGAUCCGAGAGUGGUUAGCAGCGUCAACCGCCGAGACGACAUCAUUACGACAGCACCACCUCUAAAGCUCUCACUAUUGCGCGCCGAACAACAACAACUUGUCUGUUCCAUUACCACCCUUCCUCUUCCAUCAUCGCCAGCAUGUUCAAGAUCGGUCCAGACAGCUCGAGCAGCUCUGCAUUGUCCAGUAGAGCUGCAUCUCUCAGCGACGAGUCCGAAUGGGUCCCAGGCCCCGGAACUAAUGACGACGAGACCGAGGGCCCUCCUGAAGUCCCUCCUAAAUUCACACCCAGCAGAACUACGCCUUACAUCAGAACUCCCCAGAGAUCGAUGUCUCAGGGAUUAGGUGAUCUCAAGUCCUUCUGGUCUGACACCAGCGAGGAAUCAAUGACCGCUCGCAAAGUUACGCCUGUCAGAAACAAUCCUCGCAAGGUCACACCUCGCAGAUCUGCGUCCCAGAGACACAGAGCCGAAGUCGAUCAUGUCGACACGCCUUCCAGAUCUCGAGCGUUCCAGAGAUACGGCAUGACCAGCAACGAUGCGCGCGCUGAAGUCGCAAACCUUCUGUUCUCCGAAUCAGACUAUGCAUCAGAUGAUGGAGCCAUGUACUCUGUCCGCGAGGAAGAUUCUGAACUCAAGCGCCUUAUCAGCGAGGAAGACUCUGAUCCCGUACACUCUAUCAGCGAGGAGUCAUCUAUCGAAGAGGCUCUUCUCCCUCCUCCUCUCAUCAACAUGAAGCACUACUGCCGCGAGCCUAAGAUGUGGCAAUAUGGUCCACGCCCCACGCUCGCGUACGACAUCAGCAAGGUCGAUCCGUUGAGUCUGGGCACCAUUCCCGUUCGCCCUCUCCCCCCCCUUGCCAUCCAUGCAGACUUCCAGACUCACCGUGAGAACUGGGGUCUGCCUCUGCUCAGAAUGCGCUGCCCCAACGAUUCACACCGUCACCCCCACCACUGCUACGAUUGGCAUGCUCAGAAGCUCAACUGUCUUGAAGAGCAUGAGGGCGAUUGCCAACUCUGUGGAGGUUCUUGCUGCUCUGUCAAGGCCUACACCAGGCUCCUCGCCGAAGACCCCCGCCCCAAUCCUAUCAUCCCUCCCAAGUACCGCGUGAUGUAUCAAAACGACAUCGACAGAGUUGAAGCUAUCAAGCCUUUGGCUACUGACCCCUGGGAGAGAAUGCUAAAGUGCAGCGACUGUUACCGUCAUGUCUGCCCUGACUGCGCCGGCCGCUGCAUGAAGUCUGAUUGUCUUCGUGUCAUCUGCAAGUCUUGUGGUGCUCCUAACCCUUGGAUCCACUGCCAGUGCGACGGAGCUCCUAAGGGCCAGAUCAAGAUCAGUUAUCUGGACUGAGUUCUUUGCUACAUCCUCCGCCAUGAUGACGAGAUUGACUGCAGUGUUUGCUGCUAACAAAGAAGCUAUGGAACGGCGCGGAACAUGAGAGGUGCAGCUGCCGCAAACAGGCACAGAGGAUGGUGAAAAGACCGCCUUGCUCACAAAGACACGACGAAUUGCUCUUCGCUCAAGGACAGAACUAUGUAACACUAUUGCUGAGUACAAGGACUGAUGGAGGAUCGCUGGCCAAGAUGAGCUGUUGCUCAUUCACUUUCUUUACUGUAGCUAUAACUCAAA